UAACCUUGGCUCGACGUCAGAGCCUGUGCAGCAGUGCAGUAUAAUGGGAGCGCAAGGAACCCAGAGCGCCUCAUAGGGGGUGCAUAUCGCUGCUGUAUCCUCUGCUUGGCGCUGUCUAGCUCCUUUCCAACCCACUCCAGUUCCUCACCUAUAGUCCAUGCUUGGGCUCCCUCCUCCCCACUGGAUCCGUACCCUUCGACAUGGAUGUCCCGCCGUCCCGCGACCCCGAGGAUUGCUGUUUCUUGGCGCAGUGAAGAAGGAAGAGGAGAACGGGAAGGGGAAGGAAUCAUGCCGGGACUGCUAAUGGAUUUAGGGAAAGCGCAAGUGACCAUGCCGUGAUCUUGCGCAUCCAGGGCCGCCGUUACCCUGCCUUGCCCAACAACCGUAGAAGAAUUACGAGGGAAUCGAACCCGCGCACCGAGGGGAAUAACCACUGUGCAUUUUUUUUAAACAACAUGAAGAUUACCUCCCAUCAUCUGAUGAUAACCAGUCUUGCUUUCAGGUCCAACCUCAGGCUGAUCCCGCUUCUGCUGCUGUUUCUUGGUUACUCUCGCGGGAUGCCACACGUUUUAAGAUUUGGAGGAAUAUUUGAAUCCAUUGAGAGCGGCCCCUCGGGAGCAGAGGAACUAGCCUUUAAAUUUGCCUUGAACACAAUCAACAGGAACCGCACAUUGCUCCCCAACACCACGCUGACCUAUGACAUCCAGAGAAUAAACAUCUUUGACAGCUUUGAGGCUUCCCGGAAAGCAUGUGACCAGCUUUCCCUAGGUGUGGCGGCCAUUUUUGGCCCCUCACACAGCUCGUCAGCUAACGCGGUCCAGUCCAUCUGCAAUGCUUUGGGAGUGCCCCACAUCCAGACCAAGUGGAAGCAUCAGGUGUCAGACAACAGGGACUCGUACUAUGUCAGCCUAUACCCUGACUUCUCCUCCCUCAGCAGAGCCAUUCUCGACCUGGUGCACUUCUUCAAGUGGAGAACAGUCACCGUGGUCUAUGACGACAGCACAGGUACAGGCCUCAUUCGACUGCAGGAGCUGAUCAAGGCACCUUCACGAUAUAACAUUCGUUUGAAGAUCCGACAGCUGCCCACAGAGACCAAGGACGCCAAGCCACUUCUGAAGGAGAUGAAGAAGGCAAAGGAGUUCCAUGUCAUAUUUGAUUGUGGACAUGAGAUGGCUGCCUGGAUCCUGAAACAGGCCCUGGCAAUGGGUAUGAUGACGGAGUACUAUCAUUAUAUAUUUACAACCUUGGACCUUUUCGCCCUUGACAUGGAACCAUAUCGCUACAGUGGAGUCAACAUGACCGGUUUCCGCAUACUCAACACAGAAAACUCUCAGGUGUCGUCGAUCAUCGAGAAGUGGUCAAUGGAGAGAUUACAAGCCCCACCCAAGCCAGACUCGGGCCUGCUGGAUGGAUUCAUGACGACCGAUGCAGCCCUGAUGUAUGAUGCCGUGCAUGUGGUGGCGGUGGCAGUGCAGCAGUCGCAGCAGAUCACUGUGAGCUCUCUGCAGUGUAAUCGCCACAAGCCGUGGCGCUUUGGAGGGCGUUUCAUCAACCUUAUCAAAGAGGCACACUGGGAUGGUUUGACAGGACGUGUCCUUUUUAACAAGACCAACGGACUGAGAACUGACUUUGACCUGGAUGUCAUCAGUCUGAAGGAGGAGGGGCUGGAAAAGAUUGGAACAUGGGAUCCUCCCAGCGGUUUAAAUAUGACAGAGACUCACAAAAGCAAGACGUCCAACAUCACUGAUUCUCUGGCUAACAAAUCCCUGCGUGUAUCCACCAUACUGGAGGAGCCAUAUGUGAUGUUUAAGAAGUCAGACAAGCCUCUAUAUGGGAACGAUCGCUUUGAGGGCUACUGUAUCGACCUGCUGAGGGAACUCUCCUCCAUCCUGGGCUUCCGCUAUGAGGUUCGAUUAGUAGAAGAUGGGAAGUACGGUGCGCUGGAUGAGAGCACAGGCCAGUGGAACGGCAUGGUGCGGGAGCUCAUGGACCACAAAGCAGACCUUGCAGUUGCUCCUCUGGCCAUCACUUACGUCAGAGAGAAGGUCAUCGACUUCUCCAAGCCCUUCAUGACGCUGGGGAUAAGUAUCCUGUACCGCAAGCCCAACGGCACCAAUCCUGGGGUCUUCUCCUUCCUCAACCCCCUCUCGCCUGAUAUCUGGAUGUAUAUUCUGCUGGCUUGCUUGGGUGUCAGUUGUGUGCUGUUUGUCAUAGCCAGGUUUAGUCCUUAUGAGUGGUACAACCCGCAUCCAUGCAACCCUGACUCAGAUGUAGUGGAAAACAAUUUUACGCUGCUCAAUAGUUUCUGGUUUGGAGUUGGGGCACUCAUGCAGCAAGGGUCAGAGCUCAUGCCCAAGGCCCUGUCGACUCGAAUAGUGGGAGGCAUCUGGUGGUUCUUCACCCUCAUCAUCAUUUCCUCCUAUACAGCCAAUUUGGCUGCUUUUCUCACUGUGGAGAGGAUGGAAUCGCCCAUAGAUUCAGCCGAUGACCUGGCCAAACAAACUAAAAUCCCAUAUGGGGUGGUGGAGGACGGUGCCACAAUGACAUUCUUCAAGAAGACAAAAAUCUCUACCUAUGACAAGAUGUGGGAGUUUAUGAACAGCAGGAGGCAAUCUGUGAUGGUAAAGAAUGUGGAGGAAGGCAUCCAGCGUGUCCUUACCUCAGAUUAUGCCUUCCUCAUGGAGUCCACUACCAUUGAGUUUGUCACCCAGCGCAACUGCAACCUCACGCAGAUUGGAGGCCUCAUAGAUUCCAGAGCCUACGGCGUGGGAACACCUAUGGGAUCUCCAUACAGAGACAAGAUCACGAUAGCUAUUCUGCAGCUGCAAGAGGAAGGCAAGCUGCACAUGAUGAAGGAGAAGUGGUGGAGAGGCAACGGGUGUCCCGAGGAGGAGAGCAAAGAGGCCAGCGCUCUGGGAGUACAGAACAUCGGUGGGAUCUUCAUCGUGCUGGCUGCGGGACUUGUGCUGUCAGUGUUUGUGGCUGUGGGGGAGGUCCUUUACAAGUCUAAGCAGAACGCCCAGCUGGAAAAGCGAUCAUUCUGCAGUGCCAUGAUGGACGAGCUGCGCGUGUCUCUAAAGUGCCAACGCCGUCUCAAACAAAAGCCUCAGCCACCUGUCAUCGUUAAGACAGAAGAGGUUAUUAACAUGCACACGUUUAACGACAGGAGACUCCCAGGAAAGGAAACCAUGGCAUGAACACUGAAUACACCUGGACUACACCCCUCAGUAAAAACCACGAGUGGGGAGACAGGGUUGAAUUAAUGCUGGCUUAGUUACAGACUAAGUUUAGCAGGGGGGGGGGAACAAAAAUAAAAAAAAAUACAAAGAAACAAACAGGAUUCCUUUCGAACCCACUUGCUUAUGUAGACAGAUGUUUCCUGUGGAAAUAUAGAUACCUGAGCAGUGUCACCUCACUGUGACAUUCACUUUUUGAAGGGAGAUGUAAUCGAAGGACUUACGGGUUUGGUUGGUAAUAUAUGUAAAAUGACAGAAGAGCCGAGCAAUUUUAUGACACAACAUUUGACUAGUCCACAGUAGAAGUGGACUUAAACAUACGCAUACACACAAAAAAAAACUAAUGAAAAAAAAAAUGUAUGCACACACACUGACACACAUUGACACACACACUCUCUCAUCUGACACACUUGACAACUGUGCAGAAGGGAAAACUAUUGUGACACUUACACCAGAUGUAGUUUUUCUGUUGAUGUCAAUACCCUUUCGUCUUACCUCCAUGUGUGUGUGACCCAAUCGGUCCCCUCUCCUCGGUGACUUGAGUUUCUCUCAGAUAAUUUGAACAAACACUAAUCUUACACCAACAAAGGGAACAGUAGUCAGUGCCAAAUGGUUUGUUAUGAACUGAUGUAUAAAAGUGAUAUUUAGUUUUGAGAACCAUCUAUGCCGACUUUGUCAAAUAUCCAUUGUUUUCUUCUAUAAUGCCUUUCUCGUGCCAAAGUUCUGCCAUUGUAAAGAACUUUCUGCCAUGCCUAUUAUUAUGUUCAAAGCCUCUACAAGAAAUGUAUACUGUCAGAGUCCUUAUCCAUGUCGGUCCUUGCGCACAGUCUGCAGUUUUCACUCUGUAUCAGUUGUUGUUUAAAAUGCAGGAUUUCUACAAAAAUGUUUGUUUUUGUACAAGAACAAAAAGUUUUGUAGUACUUUGUAUCAUGGUAGCCCCUUCUGUGGACAAAAUAUGUAGCAGAUACCAACUCAGCCCUCAAACUCUGACAACUGGUGGCUAUGGGGCUUCAAACUCUGCUGUGUAGGGUUCAUCAUUCUCAUCUUUCAGAGAUUCAGUCUUUUGUCUUGCCAGUCUCACGGGGCCAGCUGUAUAUACUAUCUGGAGACGAUGUAGUGGAUUUUGGCAGGUAAGAAACAAUAAAACCAGAAAAUGCAA